AUGGAGAAGACAGAGAUAUCUUUCAAAAGCUAUCUCCAGAUGGCCUACAACGAGAUUGGCCUGACUUCGGAAACUGAUCUCGGUGCGAUCCAGGCGUUGACUGGCACUUUACAAUCCGACAACGAAAAUCUUCUUCUCGUGUACGCGGGCUCGUUUAAUCCUCCACACCGGGGCCACAUUAAUGCUCUUCUAUCGGGCCUAAGACCAGAGGUAGCGGCAGUUGCCAUCAUCAUCCUCCCCAGUGAAGACUGGCACUUGAGGAACAAAAUAUCGAAAAACUGUCCCGAAUUCUUCCUUCCACAAAUCCGAAGAGCGGAGCUUUGGGGUGCCAUUUCUUCAGUAACGAAAGAGAGAGUGUGGGUGUGGACUGCCACCUGGUAUCCCUUCAAGCCAGUCACCGAGGCUUUACUUCGGUUGACAAGCGCAGACGGAUUCAAGUUGUCGAUUGCUCGAUUGGUUGGUCCGGAUAACUUGGAUAUCGAAGAUCCUUUAAACAUCAUGCCAAUUGCAUUUCCUGGCGCUAUGUUCACCAACAGAGCCAGGCAUAUCGCUUCUCACUUUCUUUCAAAUGGGCAGCCGGUGGUGUGGAACGGAUUCGGAGAAUGGUCACGCACUACGCGUAGUUAUGGCGACAGUGACGGAGAAGUUGGUGAAGCCGGGGUCGUGCUGUGGACAUGCACAGGUACUAGUGACAGUGAUCCUCCAAAGCGGGGUUACUACCUAAAAUACUCGAAGCCUGUUACUGAAGACAUCAGCUCAACAAAGUUGCGGCAGACAUUGAUCCGAGAUCACAAUCUGGAUGAAGAGACUCUCAGUAAGCUAAGUCUCUCGGCUCUUUUGGAGCUUUUGGAACCAGUUCUACGAGAAAAUUGA